GUUUUAUCGAGGGCCUAUACCGCCCCAGCGAGCACAACGGAGCACACGUCGAAGUGGACCAAGGAAGAGAUCCUAGCUCACGAGCAUCCCGAGAAGAAGCAGAGGCGCUGUACGGACGUAUCCUGGCUGCUGGUCUUUCUGCUGCUUCUUUCGGUGCUCUUGGUCUUUGGGUUUAAGAGCCCCAGCUUCACGGCUCUUCUCAAGCUCGCCGACUACGAGGGCAAUGUCUGUGGAACUGCGGGCAAGGCUCAUCAACGAUUUGCCUACAUUUGCGCUGUACAUGCUGGCGAGCUGCAGACCGCCUUUACCGUUUGCAGGGAGUCCUGUCCUUCGAGCAACCACUCCAAGUACCGAUGUUCCAACAACCUCACAGGCGUAGAUGCGGAGGCAGUGGACUACCCCACCGACACCAGCAUCUUUCACAUCAGCAACCUCUGUGUACCCCGGUCCGUUGAGUUGGCGAACCGCCUCUUCGUCCACCACGCGCGGGCGGCAGAAGAGGCCAGGCUAUACGUAGCUCUGAGGCGCCUUUGGGUACCUCUUUUGAUGGCAGCUCUGGUAGGCAUCGGCAUUUCCUACAGACUUCUCUUCGUCCUGAAGAAGCAUGCCGAGAGUCUCCUGAAGACCGGUGUGGCUGUCAUCAUCCUGAUCCCAUGGACUUGGGCCUUGUUCCUUUAUGUGAUGAACGGCAAAGACGCUGAAGGCUUUUGCUGGGCACUGGUUCUCAUCGGCGUCUUCCUGGGAUGCAUUUCUAGCGCCCACGCGACCACGCUCGAGCUAGCAGCUGGAUGCAUUGAGAGUUCUUGCGAGUGCGUGUUGGACAUGCCUCUGCUGCAGCUCGGUCCUCUUGUGGUGCUGCUAACGAGAGCGUGCGCGAUUAGCUUCAUGCUGUUUUGCCUCUUGGUGUCCCCGGCGGGCAUAUUCUACAACCACCAAGCGCGUGUGGUGAGCUUCGACUGUGGCCAGGAGCAUUGCACCGGAAGCUUGAUAUUUUUCAUCUGCUGGACAGGCAUGCUUCUCUGGGUGGAAGCUGUGAUCACAGCAGCAUGGGAGUUUGCAGUUUCUUAUCUGGCAUGUACAUGGUACUUCGACGAUCCGAAGCUCGAGCGGAAGAGUGGCACGACACUCUGGAAGCUUUCCUACACACUCUUGCGAUAUCACCUGGGCAGCAUGGUCAAGGCCGCUGUCGUAAUCGGAUUCCUUCGACCAUUUCGCUUCAUUUUCGGCACGAUCACACAGGUGGCCCGGAUGGAGUACAACCCAUUGCGUGGGCUCAUCUUCUUCUUUCUCGGCUGCUUCGUGCAUCUCUAUGAACAGCACUUUGACAG